AUGAACAAUUGUCCCUCAACGUGGACGUGUAAAACCUGCGGCGUGAAGCAUCAUACUCUCUUACAUUUUGAUCGGAGCGUUAAUUCUGAUUCUACAACCGCCUCCGUGACCGCGCCUCCGGUCAUUCCGGACUCCGCGAACGCUCCUCAAUCGGAGGACAAAUCAAUCGUUGCUAUGGCCAGUCUAGCCAAUCGGGUCGUCCUGCUUUCCACCGUCCGCGCGGAAGUGAUAGACGUCUACGGCAACGCGUUGCUUGUUCGCAUAUUGUUGGAUAGCGCGAGCCAGGCCAAUUUUAUUACCGAAGGCUGCCUUCAGAGAGGCGGCUUCCGUCGCACCAAACACAGUGCGACCGUAUUCGCUGUAAACGAGACUAAGGCGGCUACAACGAGGGGCCUCACCUCCUUCAUAAUCCGCGCGUGCGGUCGGGACGAUACUUGUUUCUCCAUUGAGGCUACGGUCCUCUCGCGUAUAACUUCGCCGUUGCCUAAUGAUAAAGUCGACGUCCGGUCGUGGAACCAUUUGAAGGGAUUGCCGCUCGCGGAUCACGAUUAUUGCGUGCCCGGUAAUAUCGACAUUCUGUUGGGAGCCGAAUCGUUCGUAUCGGUGUUGCGCGACGGACGCCGUAAGGGAGGGAAGGGAGAACCGGACGCCUUCAAUACAGUUUUCGGUUGGGUCCUAACAGGUGCGGUAUCCUCAACGGUGCAAUCGGCACCCCUGCGCUCGGUCGCUACCACCCUCGAGUCGAUCGAGAAAGCCGUGAGCAACCUUUGGCGAUUGGAGGAGGUGUCGAAAAACGCUCCUUGUUCCGAAGAGGAUCGACGUUGCAAGGAGAUCUUCGCCCAGACCACCUAUCGUGACCACUUGGGUCGUUUCGUGGUCUCCUAUCCCUUCGCGUCGGAUUCUCCUACAUUCGUCGGCUCGCGUUCUAUAGCCGUCAGUCGUCUCCGCGCUCUUGAACGCCGUUUCAAAUCAAACCCAGAGUUUAGAAUCGGCUACAAUAAAAUCAUGCAAGACUACCUCGAUAGUAGUCAUAUGGAAGUAACUCGUGAUCCAUUCCCUUCGGAUGGUUCUAUUUACUAUUUGCCUCACCACGGCGUGUACAAGCUCGAUGGCACUACCACCAAAUUGCGGGUAGUGUUCAACGCCUCGUCGCGAUGCGCGAACGGGCUGUCGUUGAACGACACGCUGCUUAGCGGCCCGAAACUACAACAAGACCUACUCGCGAUCUUGCUUAGAUUUCGGGCCGAACCGGUUGCCCUCACUGCGGACGUUAAACAGAUGUUUCGCCAGGUAUGGAUAAACUCGGGGCAAUGCGACUACCAACGCAUUGUCUGGCGGUUUUCAGAAUCGGAUUCUAUCCUGGAUUAUCAUCUCAAGACAGUGACGUUCGGCGUAACUUGUUCCCCGUUCCUGGCAAUCUAUUGCUUGCUCCAGCUCGCGACACUACAUCGGGCCGAAUAUCCUACCGCGUUCGCUGCAUUAUUUGAGACGCUUUACGUGGAUGACGUCGUGGUUAGUGUUCGUACGGUGGAUCAGGCUCACGCUCUUCGAGAUCAGCUGUUAUCGCUCCUCCGAAGCGCCGGCUUCGAACUAAGAAAAUGGGCGAGCAGCCAUCCUGCCGCGUUGGAAGGGCUCGACCCACAGUUAUAUGCAACCCAUCCGAAUUAUCGUUUGAAUCGAGCGAAGAUCAAUCACUCAAAGUCCUGGGCCUUCGGUGGUACUCACAAUCCAAUAGUUUCGGAUUCCAGGUUAAUCCGUUAG